AUGGCCACCCAAGACGGAGCGGCGCGGGCCGGAGCGGGCGCGCCUCCCACGGUCGGGCUGGCGCUCAGCGGCUCCACAUCCAGCGCCAACGUCCUCCGCUGGGCUCUCGCCAGGUUCGCCAACGACAACCCCGCCGCCCCCGCCGCUGCCGCCUUCAGGCUCAUCCACGUGCUCACCCCGGUCCUGGCUGUGCCCACACAACUGGGGAACUACCUCCCGAUCGACCAAGUGCGCCCCGAAAUCGCAGAGGCCUACGUCCAGGAAGUGUGGGUCAAGGCGCAGAAAAUGCUUGCCGGCUGCAAGGAAACCUGUGACGAAAACAAGGUUGAAGCUCAAGUACUGCUUGUUAACGGGAACGAUGUCGCGGAUACCAUUUCCAGUCUUGUUGCUCAGCACCAGAUACAGAUCCUCGUCGUCGGUGCCAGCAGGGGCUUCUUCAAUAGGACGUCCUCCAAAAUCUGUAAGGGUGUCCCCAGCUUUUGCACAGCGUAUAUUGUUUCAAAGGAUGGAUCGUCUUCGGUUUACGCUCCUGGAUCAGGGAUUGACGCGACAACUGGCUCUGGGGUACCAAAAGGCAACUCCAGCAGCUCCGACACCGAAGUAUUUUCAGAGGAUUCGUCCCUGGUAUCAGAUCUGAAUGACAACAGUUCAGCACGAGGUCUCUCUGGUUUUCCAAGCCUGCCACACUCCAACUUGGCAUCAGGGAAUCUCCAAAGUACUGCAUCUUCUGAAAGUCAUGUCUCGUUUACUCUAUAUGAUCAUCUCACUGGAAGGGCAACAGCAUACAACGACAAUGACAGAAUUGCUGAAAGCUCUAUCGCAAGUAAAUUGCGGGGUUCGGGCAAGGUGCCAGCACAAGAUAACUCACUGCGGCAGUUAAUGCUUUCAGACAACAAGGAUGCUGUCAAUACAGAGCAGUUUAAUUUCGAUACAGAGCUCGAAAAGCUGAGGCUUGAACUGAGAGAAAUACGGGGGGCAUACAAACUCGAGUCUGUCGAUGCAUCUCAUCAGGCAAGUCAGCAGGUGGUUGAAUCAACUGCAAGUGGCGUGGAAGGGGAAGGCCAAUUAAGAGAGAUACAGUCCAGGGUUGAUAAGGCCAAUAACGACACACAGGAAGAGAUGGAACAUAGGCUGCUGGCACAGACAUCCAAAGACGCUGAUAAGAAGCUGAGAUUGGAGCAGCGCUCUGUACUUCAAGGCAACUCAUACUUGACGUUCACUUGGGAGGAGAUUGAUAACGCCACAUCAUCAUUCUCAGAGUCACGCAAGAUCGGAACUGGAUCUAAUGGAACAGUUUACAGGGGUCAUCUCAAUGACCUAGAAGUAGCAAUAAAGGUCCUCCAUUCUAAUGACAAGACCAGUACCAAGCAUUUCAACCAAGAGCUCGAAGUUCUGAGCAGGAUACGCCAUCCACACCUGUUGAUGCUCCUCGGGGCCUGUCCGGACCGGGGCUGCUUGGUGUACGAGUAUAUGGAGAACGGCAGCCUCGCGGACCGUCUGCAACGCAUAAAUGACACACCACCAAUCGCAUGGUUCCACCGCUUCCGCAUCGCCCAGGAAAUCGUGUCAGCCCUUCUGUUCCUUCACAGCACGAAGCCCAACCCGAUCAUCCACCGUGACCUGAAGCCUGAAAACGUGCUCCUCGACACCAACCUAGUCAGCAAGAUUGGCGAUGUUGGCCUGUCAACACUAGUCCCACUGAAGGAUACUUUGUCAAGCCUCACGGUGUACAAGAAGACCGGUGUGGCAGGCACACUGUUCUACCUAGACCCAGAGUACCAGAGAACUGGGCAGGUGUCCGUGAAGUCUGACACAUACUCUUUUGGCAUGGUGAUCCUUCAGCUGCUGACGGCAAGGCCACCGAUUGGGUUGCCUGAAGUAAUGGAGCGAGCAGUGGAAGAUGCCGAACUUUCAAGUGUGCUGGAUGAGAGUGCAGGGAGCUGGCCCUUGAAAGAAGCGUAUGAUCUAGCUAACCUGGGCCUAAGCUGUCUAGAAAUGCGGAGCAAGAGCCGGCCUGACCUCAGGAGCAAGGUGGCGGUAGAGCUGGAACGGCUGAAUAAUCUUGUGGCUGCUCUGUUCGAGCCAGUGCAGGCCGUGCCAGAGUUGCCCCAGCCGCCCAGCCACUUCAUGUGCCCAAUACUCAAGAGGAUGAUGAAGGACCCGUGCCUCGCCGCGGACGGGCACUCGUACGAGCGCAACGCGAUGGAGAUGUACCUGUGCGAUAACGACGUGUCCCCAGUGACGAAAGCGCGGCUGCCUAACAAGACGCUGGUGUCUAACCUGCGGCUUCUGAGUGAGAUCACGAACUGGAGGGCCCAGGCAGGCAUUUGAUUGAGGCUAAUGGUAAAUAUAAGUGC